AAUCUGACACGGACUGGACUCAACUGGAAGAGGACGGGGACCUGAUCACCGCGCGAUUUUUAACCUGUUCAACCAAUCUCCACUGAUCAAAUCACAACCUCAAUCUGUCCUCCUCAAUCUGUGUGUGCGCGCACAGACGUUAUAGCGGGAACAUGCGCGUUCCCGUCGCGUGUUGUUGUGGGCGCGCCUCGUGGUGCUGAUGGGGCUUCGUUCAGUGAAAACACAGACCGGAAGCCGAGGAGGCGGUGGAAGAGUGAUUAUCGAACCAUCACCCAAUCGGAUCACCCAAUCGAUGAUCGAUCAACGUUCGCAGCCGCGCUUGUCAACUCGUUAGAUCCCGGAGCGGCUGCACGAGGCGACAAUCAGCGUCAUCAACCAAUCAAUCAGUGAGGUCAUCGAUCACACCUGGCGUGAGACCGAACGCGGUGUGGAGUGCGAGGUUGUGGAUGAUGUGACGGAGGACUCGCGGGUUCGAUCCCCGGCGGAGGUGGCGGAGAGUCGGCGUAGAGAGGCCCGCAGGUGACCCAGGUGAGUGUGGAGCGACUAACAGGAGUCCAGCAGCCAGGAAGUAGGAGAAGAGGUUACAUGGAAGAUGCCUGCCAUGGAGGUCAAAGGUCAACUCAUCUCAGCACCUGACCCUCUCACCUGUCCGGGCAGGAAGCAGAGAGAGCGAAUGACAGAGCUGCAGGACAGGAGGCGGAGUCUUCAGCUGCUGCUGAGCAUGCGAUUGACUGAGCUAAAACGCAUCUGUCUGAAGGAGGCGGAGCUGACAGGUGCUGUGCCCAGUGACUUCCCCCUGGAGGCGGGAGAGAAGCCCCCCUUUGUCCGACGAAGGGGGGCAGCACCCCGCCAAGGAAACAGAAAGUGUAGAGCAGAGGAGGAAGACUCUCAGCGUUCGAAGCCAAAGAAAACCUUAUUCAGUGGAGCUCUGAGGAAACACAGUGACUCUGAACAACACAACACACACACGCACGGCAAGAGGACUGUACACAGAGGCUGCCACACAGAUGACACAGUGAAGUCGGAGAGCAGCUCGACAUCAGACUCAACAGGACACGACAAAGAGGACAGUGUGUCUCAGUGUCGCCCCCCGCCGGUCUCUGCUGCUUCUCCUGUGGAGGUUUUCUACCACAACAAAACCAGAAGAAACUCGCUGCACAACAGGAAUGACCAACCAGAGACUCCUCAGAGACACAAGCCCCUCCCCCUGCCACCGGUCCACCCUCCCUUUCUAUCUCAGGACUCCUCCUCCUCUGGCCCCUCUGAUCCAGAAACAGCGGGUGAGGGGGGCGUCAGGGUUAACACAGCUCGCCGCAGUAGUAGCUCAGACGGCCUCCUGGACCGCGUCACCCCCUCAGAGGAGGAGGGGGGGCCACAGCAGGAAGGAUUGUGGGUAAAUGGCCUGCCUGGUUCCAGGGGAACAAAUGCUGCUGGAGUGUUUAGGAGCUCCGAGAUGAUGAUGGAUGGACGUACAAGGAUAAAUAACAGAACCGCUGAGGGAGGAGGACGGGGUGGAGAGGGAGGAGGAGGAAGAGGGGGUGGGUACAGCGAGGUCCUGCUGGAUUAUGUCUGGGGGAAACAGCAACAGCUGCAGCGACAGCAGUCCCAGACCAAUAACAGGCAGCCAAUCACAUUGCAGCACCAGCUGCUCUACAAUGGCCAAUCAUCCCAGCAACCCCCUGGAGCCCCGCCCACCUUUCGUGGACACCAUGGCGAGCAACGGCAAGUCAAAGUGACCCGCACCAAAUCCUGUGGCCCUUUCCUCCCGAUGCAACAGAGCCAGUCCGAUACCCAUAAACCUUCUCUGUCAGCCAUCCAGCCUGACCCCCACCCCCACCUGCUGCCUCCCCGACCCCCACAGCUGCUCGCCAACCAGGAAGCCCAGCUGGAGGAGGCCACCAGGAGCCUCCACAAGUCUCUUGCCCUGGAAGGUCUGAGGGACUGGUACCUGAGGAACACACUCGGCUCCACCCACCAGAACCAGGCCAACAUACAGGUGAGCACAGGAGUCUCCGCUAAGGUGAAUGGAGGGGUCAAAGGUCAGCCAUGCGUGGGCAGAGCUUUGCAGCGCAGGCGGACGACUCACGGUGUCAUCCAACAGUCGACCUAUCAUACGGAAAUGAGUCAUCAUCACACUCUGUCACUUCACAAACUGACGCUGCCACAUUCAGCCACGUUCCAUGGACAGCCACUGCUCGGCAGAUCUGUGGACAGUUCUCUCUACCAUGACCACAUCCCUCUGCAGAAACAGGAAGUUUCUCGCAGAGACUCGCCUAUGGACCAGCCGUCUCCUGGGACUCUGGUCUAACACACUGUCCAUCAGUAGGCAGGCAGACAGCAAUAGACCAAUCCCAGGCUGGCUUCCUGGGAUCAACGAGUAUUUUACUCUAAAUGAGACCACAAUUUUGAACAUCAUGUUGUAUUGGAGAAGACUUGAAACUAGCGUUUGAGACCAUAAACUCCUCAGGAAAACGUUAUAAAACAAAUGAGAAGUAGGGUACUGUUCAUAGAUUCCUAUAGAAACUAACUUCUUUUUGCAACUAGUGGAGUCUCCAUCUGCUGGUCAUUCAAGGGAAUACAAGCUUCAGGCACUUCCGCAUUGGCAUAAUUUUCCAGACACGAUGACGACUUCCGACAAUCUAUUGGUCUGACACAGACCCCCACCCAGGUCAAACCAACUGACCGUCCUCUCAGCCAAGCUCAAACUCAACCGGUGUCAGGGAUGAAGAUGUACUCCAUGAUGCCGAACAUCUAAACAUCAUGUGACGACCCCCCACGUCUUAACCUGCCACCCACCCGCCAACUGUCUAUGAAUCAGAAACUCAGCUGUUGGUUUACAUCUGGUGUUUUUUUAAUUUUCUAUGACAAUGUCCUCGUCACUCAGACUCUGCUGAGACAAUCAGGACACAUCUGUUUUUAUAAGAACCAUUGAUAACUGUGGUUAUGAUGAUGCACUUAAGAUAUCACCAGCUCAGUCUAGCCAACCAGCAGUUCAUUAAGUCUGAACUUUUGAUACAGUUGAUCCGAUCAGGUGACGUUUUGAUUCCUCAGGUGAGUCCUUCAAAAAGCAGCAGGUGGACUCCUCCAGGUGUUUGGACGUGAAGCGGCGACCUGUUGUCUCAGACUGUCCAGCAGGUGGAAUCAUCCAGGUGUUUGGACGUUAAGCGGCGUCCUGUUGUCUCAGACUGUCCAGCAGGUUGAAUCAUCCAGGUGUUUGGACGUUAAGUGGCGUCCUGUUGUCUCAGACUGUCCAGCAGGUUGAAUCAUCCAGGUGUUUGGACGUUAAGUGGCGUCCUGUUGUCUCAGACUGUCCAGCAGGUUGAAUCAUCCAGGUGUUUGGACGUUAAGCGGCGUCCUGUUGUCUCAGACUGUCCAGCAAGUUGAAUCAUCCAGGUGUUUGGACGUUAAGCGGCGUCCUGUUGUCUCAGACUGUCCAGCAGGUUGAAUCAUCCAGGUGUUUGGACGUUAAGCGGCGUCCUGUUGUCUCAGACUGUCCAGCAGGUGGAAUCAUCCAGGUGUUUGGACGUUAAGUGGCGUCCUGUUGUCUCAGACUGACCAGCAGGUAGAGUCUCAGUGUCCAUAUCUGAGACAUAAAAAGCUCCACUGGCCACAUUUACAAACUGUUCAGGAUCCAAACCAAAGCAAACACACAUGUUGUGUAGUCAUUCAGUUUUUAUACAACAGUUUUCUAUUUUAGUCACGUGUGAAGCGGGUCACUCUUAAACCCUGUUCCCUGAAUAUUAACAUUCAUGUUGAGAAGAACAGCAGCUUCUGAUAUGAAGACAAAAUCAAAUACUUGCUUGUGGCGUUGAGACAGAUGGACAGGAGAUCAGCAGGGUCGCUGCAUUAUUUGAGUUCCACAAAUCAAAGAUUUGUCUUUGUCAAGGUAAACAAACCUACGCCAUCAAAAAACACCUGUCUGUAAAAAUACCACUAAACAAACCUCUGUAUUUGUUCUCACAUGAUUCAUGUCUUUUUGAUAAAGGCAUAGAAUCAUCAGAGAGAAGGCUGAAAUGGGCUGCUCCUGCUAAACAAGCAAAUCAAAGCAAUACGUCUUCAAAUUGGAAGUGAAAAGAUGAUGAUGAUCCAAGACCUGCAUAUUUCUAAUUAAAAAAAUAUAUAUAUAUAUACACAUCCUUAGCAUUCUGACAGCACCACAAAAUGUCGAACUCAUUAUAUAGUGCUCUAUAUAGUGAGUAGGAGGUGAUUUCAGACAACCUUAGUCCCUCUGACAGUUACCCUAUUAGCCUGGUACGCUGUUGGUAUUUCUUUUGACCUGUGAGCCGAGCAGGCUGUAGGGUUGGUUAGAUGCUGCCCUCACGUGGUUGUGUUUACCGUGUUCAUGAGAAGAAUCCAUUGGAACGCCCCCGCUUGUUUUCACGACCUCUGAAUUAUCUGAAAGCACAGAGUUCAUGAGUUGUGAAAUGAUUGCUGAUGUUUCCAGGUAGGGUGGAGGUCAUGGUCACAUUUCAUUGGUGGAUAAGUUAAUGUUUUAAUUUUAAGUCGUACACAGUUUUUUCUUUGUAAAUUUAAAACAUUAAUUCAGUCACCAUUCAAAACAUGCCCUUGAGAAUGAGCGACGGGCUGUGCUCGUUCUAAAUAUGAAUUUGCAUUUCCUGCUAAAAAAUGUUGUGUAAGCGCUGAAGAUCAAUAAAUGCGGAUUGGCUGAAAAACAGAGCAGCUCGAAGUACAGUUUGAUGUCACUGCAUUUCAGCCAAUCAGAAAUGGCUAAAGACAGAGAUUCCUGUAAUUAUAGGAUGAAAAUUAAUGGAUUAUCAAUCAACUAAUCGAUGCAGAAUCAGACAGUUUAUCUGGUCACAGGUUUGUCUCAGGAGACAUCCUCUGUCUGUCUUAUUCUCUCCUGACUGACCGCUUGUCCACUCAGACCAGUCCAGUUCUUCAGUCUCUGCAGGACUGAGUCAGAACCCAGACCCAGACCCAGUGUGAGAGCAAUAAUAGUCUGCUUCAGUUUCAGGAUAAAAAAAUUUGCAGCGACAAUCCGACGAUGAUGUCACAGUGUUGAUCGACUGUUUUAUUGAUCAACUGAAUUUAUCGUGUUUUGCACUGAACCCCAGUAAACUCUUUUAUAAAAACAUGAUGUGAACUCAACGUGAAUGAAAUAUGACUUUUGUAAACCAUGUGAGGUUGGUGUUGAUGGAGGUCUGAUGAUGUCAGAGGAGAAGCCCUAAUAUCACAGCAAGAGAAUUUCUUCUUAUCGUCUAGGUUGUUCUGCUGAGUCAUUUUGUUCCAGUGGUAAAAAAAACUGUGGUCUAAUCCAAUCUUCUUCCACAGAAAUGUUUUGUUUUUUUAAUCAGGUCAUUUGUUUUCACUUCACAUCUGUCUAACCAACAUCUGCUUUACUGAAGGGUUGUUUGGAAUUCUGACACCAGCUUUCAUGUGGACCCAGCAUCAGUCAAUUGUAUAUGAAUUGAAAACUUUUAUUUAUCACAUGUAAUGUGUGUGUGUUACACAAGGUGUCCUCAGCCCUGACAGUAUGUGUUCAGUACUGUAAUUGCAGUACCAGUACCAUGCAUAACUACUAUUAGUUGCACCAGUAUUUAUUCUAAGGACGUUGUUGUUGAUGUUGAUGAUGAUGAUGAUCUGUGUCCUCUUUAGGUCCAUGACCAGCUGUGUGGACAGAUGUGAUGCAUUCAGGUGCACUCUGUACAGUUGGUGUUUGUUUCUAAGCAUGGGGAGGGAUCUUUUUUCUAUCCUUUUGUCAUUUGUACUUUUUCACUCUGAACUUUCUGCUGUUUCACGCUGGAAAAUGAAAAAGCUUUGUGUAAAUAAAAUGACAGAAUGGUUGCUUA